AUGACUGUCGCUGCUAUAACUGAUAUUUUUGUGUUCUUUUCUCUAAUCCAGAACAUCAUGGAAUUACUCUGCGGUUAUUUCAAGCUCCAAAACAAAUCGACUUCUGCGUGGAUCGCCAACACUGGCGAUGGUGGAGAGAUUGUACCGUAUAAAGGCACCGACUAUGAUGAUCAGUACUGGAGGGUCGUUUCUCGUGACGGUGACUUCUUCAAGCUCCAGAACAAGAAAUCUGGCAAAUGGAUCGCUCACACUCACGGUGGCGGCGACCGCAUCGUAGCGUUCAAUGAUGCUGAUUACGAGGAUCAAUACUGGAAGGUUGUUCCGCAUGAUGACGGUAAACACUUCAAGCUCGAGAACAAAAAAUCUUGCGAGUGGAUCGCUAACACUCACGCUGGCGGCGAUAGAAUUGUCCCUUAUAAGGGCGCCACUUAUCCCGAUCAGUAUUGGAGUGCGACUUGCCAUAAGGACUUAUAG